CGCAGGCGCGCUUGCCCCAGCGCCGCCCCUCCUAAUUGCUGGGCGUCUCCUACGGGCCCCCAAAGGCAGCCGGCCAAAAUGAGCCACUCUCAGCCCGCUGGCUCUCUUGCAGCAUAUAACAGCCUCCUGGAUAAACACUUGGCUGGCUAUUUCAACAACACCAGGAUAAGACGGCAUCUGCAGAGAUCAGGGCUGAUCACUAGAAGUGGAAGAAUCCUUUCUGAGAGAGAAUACAAACUAAACGCCAUGAGGAGGGAACAUCAAAAGUAUGCGCAGCACUGCCUAGCCCAGGCUAUAUUUCACAAGAUUCUUGAUAUGGAGCGCCACCACCAUCUUGAAAUAAAAAAGAAGCUGGACAACUUUAUUGGAAAGGAUCGAGUUCAGAGAAUUAAGGUGGAACGUGGGCAAAGACCUUUUGAAGAUAACAUUACUCUUCUGACUCCACAUCCACCAACUGUCCCAAAGGACCGCCACAGGUGCCAUGCCCUGUUGACUCGAGAGCAAUUUGUUCCUUCAAGAUUGACUCCUCCUCGACCGAACACAGCCCCAGGAAGCAUGCAACGUCCCGUUCGACUGCAGCCUCUUCUCAGUACUCCCUCAGGAGGAUUUGUCCCGAAGAGAACUUCAGGCUUCAGAUCAAAGACCUCUGCACGUGAAAGCCACCCUCCAUUUCCUAGUGGGGGCCACAAAGAUGUAAGGUUCCUGAACUCCACGGGCUUUUCGAAUCGAACCUCCCCAUAUCAACUUCCCAUUAUCAACAAUUUCAUGGUGCCAGUUCCUCCGCCGCCUAAAACAGAUAAUGUCAUCAAAAGAACUCGACCCGGGAUGCUGAGAGGAAGACGAUUUCGCCCGACCACGGCCCCAAAUGACUUGGAACCUCUCCCACCAAAGGAUUCAGGAAAAUUUCACAGAAUCUCGCCACACAGUAAUGCAUCUAUUACCAUGGUCUACUUGGGGAAGAGCGUGCACUUGUCUCAUGACGAUAUUGACUACCGGGAUGAGAUAAAAGUUUAUCAGCAACACUGUGGUGGGGAAAACCUCUGUGUCUACAAAGGCAAACUACUGGAAAGAGAGACUUUUCAGUUCAUUUCCAAGCGUCAUCAUGGUUUCCCCUUCAGCCUCACGUUUUUCCUCAAUGGGAUGCAGUUGGACAGGUUGAGCUCCUGUUGUGAGUACAAGUACCGGAAAGGGGCUCGGCUGGGGGGCAGACGUGGAUACUUUGGAUUUGUCGGCGUCGAAGGAGCGGCACCCUGCUACAGGUGUAUCAUUGCAAUGGGUCUCGACAAAAAACCAUCUCCUCCACCUAAAAAGAAAAGAGAAACGGCUGAUGAAACGGAAGAGGAGCUGAUGAAGGAUGUAGAAUGCCACAAAACAAGUAAGACUGCAGUCGAUGAAGAGAACAAAACAGCCACAUCUGCCAGUCUUUCAGUUUAUAAAGAAGAAUAUGAUGACGAUUUUGAGAUAGAUGAAGAAAAAUCAGAUGAGAAAGUUAACAAAGAAGGGCAAUCUGAUGAUCAAGUGAAUGGAGUUUCAAAGUCCCCCUCGGAUGAUGAAAAAGAUCACUUAAACCGUGAACGGGAGAGUAAAACCUCAUCUGAAAAAGCACCGGAGCCCUCUGAGAGUGAAAAAGAUGAAAGUGAUUCACACUCUGACAGUGAGUUGGAAGAAGAUGAGCAGGAUAGGAAGAGUGACUCAUCCAUCUCCUCGAGAAGUUCUCCAUGUGCUAGUGCCAGUGAAGAAGAAUCUGAAGUCGAAGAAAAGGAAGUCCACAUAAAGGCCAUCGAAGGGGAAGAGACCAAAACAAGUGAAGUGACGGAAAAUGAUCGGGCAGAAAAGAUCCACCUUUCAGCUGAGGAUUCUCUAGUAAGUGAAGUUGGAUAUGAAGAAGAAAGUGAAGCUGAAGAUUCAGCAUCUGAAACUGUGUCAAGGCUGGAAGAAGGUAUGAAUGUCAGUGAAGGUGAAGAGGAUCAGAGCAACAGGAAGGCUGUACAAAAGAUGUCUCUGGAGCACAAGUCUAAAGAAGAUGGGGAGAAUGCGGCCUUGCUGGUUCUGGAGGGAAACCUGACUGAAAUAGGGCAUCCAAAGAAGGAGCCUUUUGAGGAUGAUGGAGGUGUUGUCUGCAAAUCAGUUCAAGAGAAAAUAGCAGAAGCAAAUGGGAAGGUUGAAUGUUGCCAUUCUGUGCUUGUAUCCAGAGACUCCAGCACAAGUGAAGAGGAGCAAACCUUCAGGAAAAGUGUGUAUGAUGCUACUAGAGAUGGGGCCAUAGUUGUAGAGGAUACCACACUUGAGAUGGAUGAAGACGUCAAGCAAGCUGCACCUAUGGGGAAGUUGCUAAGGGAGAAAGAACCAUUUAAGGAGGAUAUGGUGGUCAGAAAAGUGACACCCGAAAGGGAAGAGGCAGGACAAGAUGCAGAUCUCCAGAUGGCUGAGGAAGUGAUCCCUGAGGGACGGUGGGCAGAAGAGAAAGAUAUAGACUCACACAUCACUGAAGCAGAUAGAGCAACCUUUAUGGGAGAUGGGGAGGGAGUUCCGGCAGCAAAACGGAGAGGGCCAGAGGCAGCAAAUGAAGGGGAAGAGUCAACAGUUGAGGGAGAGGAAGUUAAGGGAGGCAAAGCAGAAUCUGCUGGGAAGAAGGCCAGAAGAAACCCAAUGCCAGUGGAAGAACUAGGAUCUACUGGAGAAGAACCACCUGGAGAAAUGUCUUCUGGAAAAGACUUAGCAGGAACUAAAGAAAAGGAGAUGGAGGAUGAGGCAGAAACUGUAGGCAAGGCUGUCUCACAGGGGGAUGAGGAUAGAGGGAAUGUAGCAUCCGUAAUGGAAGUGGCGUUUCAGAGGGAAGAGGUUAUUGAAGGGGCGGUACCUGAGAGAGAGGUAUCAGCCUCUGCCAAGGAAGAAAUUGGGAGAGAGAGGGAUUUUAGGAAGGUAGAAUCUGAAAGGGAGGAGGAUGAGAAGGAGGAAGUAUCAGAGGGGGAGGGAGCCAAUAAGGAGAGAGAGAAAGCUGCUGGAAAGAUCCAGUCUCUGAACCAAGCUGUAUCUGAGGGGGACCCAUGGGCCGCAGAAGGUGUAGCUGUGGAGGACAAGGCACUUGAAAAGGAAGGGACUGAGGGAGAGAAAGCUGUGUGCAAGAAAGAAUCUGAGGGAAAGGAGGAGGGGAACAUAGUGCGUGUGGGAGAGGAGGAAGAAAAAGAAAAGGGGUAUGUGGAGAGGGAGGAGACAAUGACAUUUGCCUUUGAAAACAAGGAAGAUAAAGAAGAGGAAGCCAAAGAAAUGAUUUGCGAGCAGGAAGGAGGAGAAGAAAUCGCUUCUGCAGAGGAGGAGGCAGAACAGACAGUUGCAUCUGAGCCUGUGAAGAAAAUGAUGCCUCAUGGGGAUGAAUCUCUGAAAGAAAGAGAAGGUUCAGUUGUGAAUUUAGAAAUGGAAGUUAGGGAGUCCCUGAGAAAAGCAGAUGAAGUUAUGGAAGCAGCAGAAGACGAAGUGCUGACAUCCAAAAUUAUGGGAGUGAUAACUUUCAAAGAGGAAAAAAUGCCUGAUGAAGAUCAACCAGACAAAGCUUCGAUGGAGAUUGGUGAACCUUAUAAUGAGGAGGAGAAUAAAAUGGAAUCUCCUGAAGAUAAGCAGCCGAGUGAUAAGUUGGCAGCUGAAGAGCAUUCAUCUGGAGAGGAAGUAUCAUUCAUGAGUAAAGUACUGGUGGAUAAAGAAGAAACUGAGGAUCGGGAAUGCCUUGAAAGUCCAGAAAAGAAUAGCAAAAUACCUGAUGAGAAAAAAGAAGUAGAGGAAGAGUCUGGAGUAAGAGAUGCACCUCAAAGUAUGGUAUUAGAGGGGCAGCUAAUGAUAGCAAAAGUGGAGGGUGAGGCAGAAGAAGGCCAAGCCACAAUGGAAGCAGAAGGCAUUCUGGGAAAUCGAGGCCCCAAGGAGAGACUCGAAGAAGGUAAAACAAUGGAGGUUCAGAAAGUUAAAAUGCCAGAUACAGUAGCACUUGAGAAGGAGGUUUUGGUAGACGAGGAAACAGCUAAAAGAAACAUACUAAAAGAGGAAGCCUCUUCAACUUCAUAUAUUGCAAAAGAGGAAAUGCAGCUCAAAAAAGUCCAGAUAGUAGAGAAGACAGCUGUUACAGACAGGUUGGUGGGAGAGGAACAAGUGGUGGAUGGUCCACAAGAAGUAGGAACUGAAGAACUAGUGCCAGCAGAAAGGGUGAGAGCAAAAAUACCAUCAAAGGAUGAGUUAGAAGUCACCCAGAAGACCUCUGAGGUGAAAGAUGUGUCCAAACCAGUGGUUGCAGAUGCUACAAUAAGGGAGACUUGGAUGGGUGAGAGGGACAGAGUUGAGGAGGGGGGGAUUGAUGAGGAAGUGAGAUUACAGAUAGCGGGCACAAGCGAAAAAACAGAAAAAAACGAGGAAGAAUCCAGUGGAGAGAAUUCACCAGUUACAGAAAUAAGUUGUGUGAAAAAUGAGCUGAAUGAAAUGCAAAGGAAAAAAGAAAAUUCCCCAGAAAGCAAGAGAGAAAAUGUAGAAAGAUCAAUGGAAGAACAUGAAAUUAAAGAGAUUAAUUCAUGAAUGGUUUGAAGAUAACUUCUUGGAUAACACAAGAAGGAGAGAAAGACACCUCUAACUAAUCAUCCUCUUUUCCCUCUCUCUGGAACCUAAUUUUAAUUUUUUAAAAAUUUAACUGCAAUCCAUUUUUUGAACAACCGUAAGAUCGUGUUGUGAUAGUUCUCUCUUCUUUAUGCCCUAGCCAGCGGUGUUGUCGUUGUUGAUAUUAUUGUUGUUAAGCACUUACUACAUGUCAAGCACUGUUCUGAGCAUUGGAAUACGUAUGAGUUAAUCGCAUCGCACACAAUCCCUGCCCCACCUGAGAUUCACAGUCAAUGUAGGAGGGAGAGCAGACAUUGAA